AGUCUCAGUGAAGAUGACGGUGCCCAUGACGGUGGGUUCACUGUUGCUGUCCGACUUGAUAGAAGACCCGCUGUACAAAGAUGAGGGCCUCUGCGUGCUCGGGAUCUUCGGGAAGAGCGCUAUGGUGCCCGGGUCGGCGAAGGAAUCCCUCAUUAACGCGCUGGCGGAUAAACACGUUUUCCCUUUAUUCGGACCAGACGUCGUGUGUGACGGCGGCGGCGGCGACAGUGGCGGCGGCAGCUCGAUCCAGGCGUACUACAGCCAGGAGAGCCGGGUGCUCUACCUGGUCCUCACCUCCAUCUACGACAACCGGCAGCUGCUGCAGGCCUGCGAGACUCUGAGCGCCGGGAUCGCUCACGCGGACGCGCACGAGUUCUGGAAGGGAGAGGAAAAGCAGCACUGCCUGCAGCUGCUCUACCUGUUCUCGCUGUGCCACGUGCUGCUGCUCGUGCACCCGAGCUGCUCCUUCGAUGUCACCUACGACAGGCUUUUCCGGGCUCUGGACGCGCUGCGCCAGAAGGCCCUGCCGCUUCUGCGCGCCGCCAUCAAGGACAGCCCGGUGUCCAAGGAGUGGAAGAUGAACUGCCGGCCGUGCCCCCCUCGCCUGCUCUUCGUCUUCCAGCUGAACGGGGCGCUCAGGGUUGGGGGGUCGGGGCUGGGGGGCAACGGCACCGACACCCCUGGCGGCGGUGCCUCCGAAAAGCCGAAGAAACACUCGCCGCGCCGGCGCCUCCAGCACGCCCUAGAGGACCAGAUCUACCGGAUCUUCCGCAAAAGUCGAGUUCUGACGAACCAGAGCAGCAAUUGCCUCUUCACGGUCCCCGCCAACCAGGCCUUCGUGUACGUGGUCGCCGGUCCCGAUGAGGACCCGGUGGGCUCUUUGCUGGCUCAGCUGCGUGCCAACUGUGCCCUCAGGGACGGCGACGCGAACGUGUCCGUGUCUGGGCCCAGGCGCUACCAGCAGAUGCGCCACUCGUGCCGGCAGCCCUCCUUUCAUGUGGAGAGCAGCAGCCUGUGCGCUGGGGGGCAGCUGGUGGACACCACCCUCAAGGAGUUCCUGUGGCAGCAUGUGGAGCUGGUGCUGACCAGGAAGGGUUUCGAUGACAGCGUGGGCCGCAAUCCGCAGCCCUCGCAUUUCGAGCUGCCCACCUACUCUAAGUGGGCCCAGGUCGCUUACAGGCUGUACCAGGUUAUGGUCGAGAGCGGCGAGGACGAGUCGGCGGAGAUCGCCGCAAAACUGCAAGGGCAGCUGAAGGUGCUGGACGGUUUCCUCGACGCCGACGCCAAGUUCUCUGAGAACAGGUGCCAGAAGGCGCUGCCUCUCGCUCACAGCGCGUACCAGUCUAACUUGCCGCACAAUUACACUACGACGGUGCACAAAAACCAGCUGGCGCAAGCGCUGCGCGUGUACAGUCAGCACGCGCGUGGAGUGGCCUUCCAUCGGUACGCCGUGCAGCUGCACGAAGACUGCUACAAGUUCUGGAGUAAUGGGCAUCAGCUGUGUGAGGAGCGCAGCCUCACAGACCAGCACUGCGUGCACAAGUUUCACCUCUUGCCCAAGCCAGGUGAGAAACCUGAGAUGGACAGAAACCCACCUAUCCUACACCACAACAGCAGAGGUCGCUCAACCAGCGCGUGCAACUGUGGCCGCAAACAGGCCACCCGCGAAGACCCCUUUGACAUCCAGUCUGCCAACUAUGAAUUUUAUCAGAUGCUGGAGGAGAAGUGCUGUGGUAAGCUAGAGAGGAUCCAUUUCCCAGUUUUUCAGCCAAGCACGCCGGACCCAGCCCCAGCCACCAACGAAGGGACUAGGCCAACGGAGUCGGGGACGUCAGGGGAGGGAGAGCGGCUAAAGGAGAAGGAGACAGCAGGCCACACCCCAGGGGACAGCACAAGCCUUAGCCUGGCGCUCAGUCUGGGCCAGUCCACAGACAGCCUUGGACCCUACGGGGAAGGGGCAGACGGACAAGAAAAGAGGCCAAGUCUGGUGGACCGCCAGGCCUCCACAGUGGAGUACCUCCCAGGCAUGCUCCACUCUGGUUGCCCCAAGGGUCUUCUCCCUAAAUUUUCUAGCUGGUCUCUUGUGAAGCUUGGCCCUGCAAAGGCUUAUAACUGCCACACUGGCCUUGAACAGCCUGGGUUCCUUCCUGGUUCUGCCUUCCUGCUGCUUUGGGAUGUGGUGAUUCGCUGUCGCUCUGAAGAAGAGGCGGGGCUGUCCGAACCCCUUGAUGGGGGCCCUUCUUCUUGGCCAGUGCCGAAUAAAACACUGCCGGGGAAGCGGGGAGGAGGGGGAGGGCUGGGGCGUGGGCGUAGACGGGACGAUGUGGCGCGAGCCUUCGUUGGAUUCGAGUACGAAGACAGCAGAGGGCGUCGAUUUCUGAGCUCAGGGCCAGACAAAGUGAUGAAGGCACUUGGUCCUGGAAGUGUCAAGGAACCAGCCACCCGGGUGCUUAAUUCUGACAUGCCGCUGUAUAUCCCGUCUCCCACCCAAGGCCGUGGUCUUAAGCCCCACUAUGCCCAGCUCGCCCGGCUCUUCAUCGUGGUGCCCGAUGCCCCCCUGGAGAUUGUUCUGAACCCACAGGUCCAACCUGGGCCACCUCCCUGUCCGAUUUUCCACCCUGAGCAGACUGAGCUGGUUUUGCCUCCUGAUGGACUGUGGGUGCUACGCUUUCCCUACGCUUAUGUGACAGAGCGAGGGCCCUGCUAUCCUCCCAAGGAAAACCAGCCCUUAGCCAGCUAUCGAGUUCUGAGGGGCAUCUUGCGUGCAAAUACAGCCAGUUCCCCACCCCAGUGAUCCUGUUCAUCCUGGGAUCCAGUCUUGAUCCUCACUGAUCCCACCAUAACAAGCAUCCUGGGUCUAGCAAUAAAUGGGGAGGCCAACAAUCAGUGUUGGUCGAGUUUAAUCGUUAUGAGAAAGCUCUUGUUUACUUUCCAGAUGAAUUAUGUCCUGCCUGUGAAUAUUAGUAUUUUGACUGAAGUGA